AUGCAAGCCAUUACAAGACGCUUAGGCUCCCAAUCCUCAACUUCGCUCAAAUCUAUCUAUCCAAUUUCCCAUCACUAUUAUGGUGCGGAUCAUGAACGUUACGUAUCAACCAUAGCUACCAAGGGCGUUGGCCACCUCGUCCGCAAGGGUACUGGUGGACGCUCAUCUGUUAGUGGUAUUGUUGCUACAGUAUUUGGGGCAACUGGAUUUCUUGGCCGUUAUGUUGUCCAACAACUUGCUAAAAUGGGAUCUCAAGUCUUAGUUCCUUUCCGAGGCUCUGAAGAUUGUCCUCGUCAUCUCAAACUGAUGGGAGAUUUAGGACAGAUUGUACCCAUGAAAUUCAAUCCAAGAGACGAAAGUUCGGUUAAGGCUGUAAUGGCUAGGGCCAAUGUUGUCAUCAAUCUUAUUGGAAGGGAUUAUGAGACAAGAAACUACAGCUAUGAGGAAGUGCACUAUCACAUGGCCGAGAAACUUGCAAAGAUUUCCAAAGAGCAUGGUGGUAUCAUGAGAUUCAUUCAAGUUUCUUGUUUAGGUGCAUCUCCUUCAUCUUCCUCCAGGAUGCUUAGAUGUAAAGCAGCUGCCGAAGAAGCAGUUUUAAGAGAAUUACCUGAGGCCACGAUCUUCAAACCUGCUGCUAUGAUUGGUACAGAGGACCGAAUUUUAAACCGAUGGGCUCAAUUUGCAAAGAAAUACGGCUUUCUUCCAUUGAUGGGGAACGCCAACACAAAAAUCCAACCUGUUUAUGUUGUUGAUGUCGCCUCUGCACUUACUACAGCCUUGAAGGAUGAUGGAACUAGUAUGGGAAAGACUUAUGAGUUGGGUGGUCCUGAGAUCUUUACCAUUCACGAGUUGGCAGAGAUUAUGUAUGACGUGAUUCGAGAAUGGCCUCGAUAUGUGAAUGUGCCUCUUCCUAUUGCUAAGGCAUUGGCAACACCAAGGGAAUUAUUAUUAAACAAGGUCCCCUUUCCACUACCCAAGCCUGAGACAUUCAAUCUGGAUCAGAUCCAUGCUUUUGCUACAGAUAAUGUUGUUUCAGAAAACGCUUUGACAUUCAAUGAUCUUGGAGUUGUUCCUCAUAAUCUGAAGGGAUACCCCAUUGAGUAUCUUAUUCAAUAUAGGAAAGGAGGACCACAAUUUGGUUCUACAAUCAGUGAAAAAGUCUCUCCAGAUGCUUGGCCGUAA